AUGCCAGCUUUCCAGAACAUCACAUCCUCUUCGAUCAUUUUCCUGCUCACGGGUGUUCCUGGGUUGGAAGCUUUCCACACGUGGAUCUCAAUUCCCUUCUGCUUUCUCUAUGUGACUGCCCUCUCAGGAAACAGCCUGAUUCUCUUUGCCGUCCUCACUCAGCCCAGCCUCCAUGAGCCCAUGUACUAUUUCCUCUCCAUGCUGUCCACCACCGACCUCGGCCUGUCCAUAUCCACUCUGGUCACCAUCUUGGGGAUAUUCUGGUUCAACACCAGGGAGAUCAGCUUUAAUGCUUGCUUGUCACAGAUGUUCUUCAUUCAUCUUUUCACUGUCAUGGAAUCUUCAGUGCUGUUGGCUAUGGCCUUUGAUCGUUUUGUGGCCAUUUCUAAUCCUCUUAGAUAUGCGUCUGUCUUAACUGACUUUAAAAUAGUACAGACUGGAGUAGCAAUCAUUACCAGGGGGACCCUAAUGCUGACACCAACGGUAGCUCUUCUUAAAAGAUUGUCCUACUGUCGCAGCCAUGUGCUCCACCACUCCUACUGCUUCCACCCCAACGUGAUGAAGCUCUCAUGCACAGACACCAGGAUCAACAGUGCAGUUGGAUUAACUGUCUUGAUCUCCACUGCUGGGGUGGACUCAAUCUUCAUCAUCCUUUCAUAUAUUUUAAUCAUUAAGACAGUCCUCAGUAUCGCAUCCUCAGAAGAGAGGAAGAAAGCCUUUGGCACAUGUAUCUCCCAUAUUGGGGCUGUGGCUAUAUUCUAUAUUCCAUUGAUCAGUCUGUCCUUUGUUCAUAGAUUUGGGAAACAGGCCCCACCCUAUGUACAUACUCUGAUAGCCAAUGCCUACCUGCUGAUUCCCCCUGUGAUGAACCCCAUCAUCUACAGCGUGAAGACCAAACAGAUACGCAAAGCUGUGCUGAAAAUUCUUCAUUCUAGCAUGACAAAGAAAUAA